UUGAUGAUGAGGCGUAUGAGAAAAACAAGAAUUACUUCAUUGAGAUGAUGGGCCCCCGCAUGGUGGAUAUGAGUUUUCAGAAAGGAAAACCAUAAGGGUUAAAAUAGUAGAUGAGGAGGAAUACGAAAGGCAAGAGAAUUUCUUCAUUGUCCUUGGUGAACCGAAAUGGAUGGAACGUGGAAUAUCAGCGCUCCUGUUGUCUCCAGAGGUGACAGACAGAAAGCUGACUGUGGAGGAGGAGGAGGCCAAGAGGAUAGCAGAAAUGGGAAAGCCAGUACUGGGCGAACACCCCAAACUAGAGGUCAUCAUUGAAGAAUCCUUUGAGUUCAAGAAUACGGUGGACAAACUGAUCAAGAAGACAAACCUGGCCAUGGUUGUGGGGACCCAUUCCUGGAGGGACCAGUUCAUGGAGGCCAUCACUGUCAGUGCAGCAGGGGACGAGGAUGAGGAUGAGUCAGGUGAGGAGAGGCUGCCAUCCUGCUUUGACUACGUCAUGCACUUUCUGACCGUCUUCUGGAAGGUGCUGUUUGCCUGCGUGCCCCCCACAGAGUACUGUCACGGCUGGGCCUGCUUCGUCGUGUCCAUUCUCAUCAUCGGCAUGCUCACGGCCGUCAUUGGGGACCUGGCCUCCCACUUUGGCUGCACCAUUGGCCUCAAGGACUCAGUCACAGCUGUUGUCUUUGUGGCAUUUGGCACCUCUGUGCCAGACAUGUUUGCCAGCAAAGCCGCGGCCAUCCAGGAUCUGUACUCUGAUGCCUCCAUCGGCAAUGUCACGGGCAGCAACGCCAUCAACGUCUUCCUGGGCAUCGGCCUGGCCUGGUCCGUGGCCGCCAUCUACUGGGCCCUGCAGGGACAGGAGUUCUACGUGUCGGCCGGCACGCUGGCCUUCUCGGUCACCCUCUUCACCAUCUUCGCGUUCGUGUGCAUCAGUGUGCUCCUGUACCGCCGGCGGCCCCACCUGGGCGGGGAGCUGGGGGGCCCACGCGGCUGCAAGCUGGCCACAACGUGGCUCUUCGUGGGCCUGUGGCUCCUGUACAUACUCUUUGCCACGCUGGAGGCCUACUGCUACAUCAAGGGCUUCUGAGCCUGGGCGCGGGGCCUCCGCUGCACACACCUCGGACUUCUCCUGAGAGAAGGGCACUUGGCCACCAUGACCUCGCCCGGGGGGAGCAGCCCACAGAGGCCCCAGGAACCUCACCCGACCUAGGCCCCCCGGGCAGUGGGACUGAAAGGGCAGAGUCUUAACCAGUCAAACGAGUGGAGGAAACACCCUCUUUACAAAGUAUUUAAUUCAAUACAAACCAACAACAGCAACAAAUCCACCUCCUCCCCAUCUUCCCAUCCGUGUCCUGACCCACAGCAGAGGUCAAACCUUCCACCGCCCUCCGAUUAUCCCUUUGCUGCUUCUCCUUCCCUGGGGCAGGGCUUCCACGUCUGUCCUGUUGGUCGCAUCCCCACACUGUCCCCCAGCUGGCGGGGGUGGAAGUGAGUCCUAUUGCCCA